AUGAAGGUUUCUUGCAGUACAAGCUUCCCGUUCUUGAUUCUCUUUCUCUUUGCGGCACAAUCUGUUGUCGUCUACGCCGGUAGCUUCCACAAAGACGUUCAGAUACAUUGGGGUGAUGGUCGUGGAAAGGUUCUAGACAAUCCUGGGAAUCUUCUUUCUCUCUCGCUCGACAAAUCCUCUGGUUCUGGUUUUCAGUCACAUCAGGAGUUUCUCUAUGGCAAAGCCGAGGUUCAAAUGAAACUUGUUCCUGGUAACUCUGCUGGAACAGUCACAACAUUCUACUUGAAAUCGCCGGGAGCUAUGUGGGAUGAGAUAGAUUUCGAGUUCUUGGGAAACAUAAGUGGUCAUCCGUAUACUCUCCACACUAAUGUUUACACAAAAGGAACAGGAGACAAAGAACAACAAUUUCAUCUAUGGUUUGACCCAACCGCUGACUUUCACACUUACUCCAUCACAUGGAAUCCUAAAAGGAUUAUUUUUACAGUCGAUGCAACUCCGAUUAGAGAGUUCAAGAACUCGGAAGCACUUGGAGUUCUGUUCCCAAAUGACCUACCAAUGAGGCUCUACGCAAGCCUUUGGGAAGCUGAGCAUUGGGCUACAAGGGGAGGAUUAGAGAAAACAGAUUGGUCAAAAGCUCCUUUCACUGCUUUCUACAGAAACUACAAUGUGGAAGGAUGUGUAUGGGCUAAUGGAAGAUCAUCUUGUCCAGCGAAUGCCCCAUGGUUCACUCAAGAACUCGAUGUUAAAGGAAAGAAUAGAGUGACAUGGGCACAGAGAAAGUACAUGGUCUACAACUAUUGCACUGAUAAGAAAAGGUUUCCUCAAGGUGCUCCUCCAGAGUGCAGUUAA